UUUUUCAAAACGGUUUUUAACAGAACAAAUAAAUAAUAAGACGAAAUCUAUGAUAUUCAAGGUUUUGAAUUUCUUUUACUGUAAGAAACUACUUGAGAUUAUUUAUCAUCACAUAAGUUUAAAAAGUGCGUAUCUAAUCACAAUUUUACAACGCUCGUAUCAUCAUACGAAAAUAAAGAUAAGUUCGAAAAAGUCUGACAUAGUGAUGACUUCAAAUAUUUUAAAAUAAAUCAUAUUCAUCCAUAUUUUAUUCAUAAAUAUUUUAUUAAUUAUGAAAUGCAUUUUCCAUUUGGAAAAUGAUUUAUCACUGAAAUUAAGUGUUUGAUGUAACACCGCAAUGGGCUAUCCCGUUUCAUUUUUAAAAAUUGACACAUCAAAUGACAUCGGUGCCUGUCUAAGACUUUGGCGGACGCGCUCAAAAUAACUGGUGCGCGCACACUCCGGCUCUCUCGCAUUGAGCAAAAAGCAUUGCCGAGCAUCGCGUGGGGCUUCAAGAGCGAAACAUAAAACAAGUUUCAUCAAAUCGUUUACAGCUCCUAAGUUCAAGAUGUCAAAGAGGCGAAACGAUACCAUGAUUGAUCGGACGGAAGCUCCAAAAAAAGCAUGGAAAGGCUACUCUUCUUCGUACGAUCUGGAAUUCGCCAUAAGGGCCGUCGCUCAAGAUUUGGACGUUUCGGUAACUUUUGAAAAUUUGCACACUGCGAUUGAGGAGAUGGCGCAAAGAAACUAUCAAGAAGCAGAGCAUUUUCUGCGCGUUGUUGUGCCAAAAUUGGAGGAGCUUGCGAAAGAGGUAGACUUUCCAGAUCAGCCGUAUUUGUUCGCUGGGACCGAGUCGACUGUCGAGCUGACCAAGGAACAAAUCGCACGUAUUCUCGCUUCUGCAUUCUUCUGCACAUUUCCUCCCAACUAUGACUUUGAGGAAUUUUCGUUCAAGAGACUUUACACCUUGUGCAACAAUUCAGAUUCGAAAGUGUCGAAAUUGCAAUGCAUUUUCCAGUACUUCAAAGCUGUCACUUCAGACGAUUUCCAAGCAAAAAAGUAUGAAAAGGUAACUUUCCAUAGAAUCUGUGAGACAAGCGCCAUUGGUUGGAAGAAUUCAAACAAAUAUUUGACAAAAUUCGAAAAGAACGACGCAUCGAGCAUGUUCGACUGCCCUUCAGACGAGGCGCAGGUGGACUUUGCAAACAAGCACAUUGGCGGUGGAAUUUUGGGAAGAGGCUGCGUUCAGGAGGAAAUAAAAUUCGCCCUUUGCCCCGAACUCAUCGUCUCGCGGCUCUUCUGCCAACCUUUGAAGAACAACGAGGCCCUGAUAAUGACCGGGGCCACUCCUUACUCGAAAGGCGUUGGCUAUGGAAGGCAAUUCAAAUACGCAGGACCGGCCGAUACAUAUUACAAUUCGUCUAAAACAGUGAUUGCGAUCGAUGCUCUCAACUUUUCGGGCCGGAACUCUCCAGACAAUCAGUACAAGAAGGAUUCAAUUGACAGGGAACUCCUGAAAGCCUACGCUGGCUUCUCACGGUGCCCCCUGCAGAAAAUUGCUACCGGAAAUUGGGGCGGCGGUGCAUUCAAAGGUGACGCUGAAUUGAAAAUGAUAAUUCAGUGGCUAGCAGCGUCCAUGGCAGCAAAGGAGCUUGUGUAUUAUUGCUACAACGAUAGGAGUUUAAAAGAAUUGUUUGACAAGACGGUGCACACUUACAGAGGCAAAACAAUUGGAGAGGCGUACAAAUUGAUGAUGACAAAGCAUUGUACCAAUUAUAAAAACAAAAUUCCCUCCAUCUUGAGUUUUUGCUUUGCAGUGUUUCCGUUCCUUGCAACCAUAUUCUUAGCGUUUCAAAACUAUAUCUCUCUGGGGGGAGAAACAGUUCAGAAGUUUUUCAGGGGAACCUGGCUAGGAGGCACAGUUUCGUUCUUGUGCAAAUGUUUCUGGGUUCUAAUUAGACGUCUUUUUGCUAGCCCUGUUCGGAGAGUGAUCCGUUAUUUUGGUGACACAAGAACUUUGCUUAGCGCAUAUGAAUUUGUGGAUAAUAUUGAUAUGUCUUAGUGAUUUUCAAAGUCUAUGUACAUGCAUUAAUAAAAUUAAAUGAAUUAAUUGAUAUGUUUUUCUUCAAUAAAGUACACAAGUAUGAAUACAUACAAAUUAAGUUUUCAAUAUAAGAAAUAUCCAAAUUUUCAA